AUGGCCCUUCUAGCACCCUCGUCGUCGAUAGGCCCAAGCGGAUUGAUGACCAGCUACGUCUUGGCACUGGAGACCGAGGACGACGAGUCUGCAUCCGACGGUGACAACGACUCCGACUCGUCUGAUGAAUCUGCUGCCACGCAGGCGCCUUGGGAGAAGGAGAGCGACACUGCUCAGGAACAGGACCAAGACGUUGUGACAGACUCGACUUGCGUGUAUGUGGUCAUGGCGAUUGCUUCCAGAGAUAAUGCUGAUUUGGGCUUGGCAGAUAUUGCGGACAAGACGAAGAAAACGACCCGAGCGACGAGUACGAAGAAUAUCUCGAAUGCGGUCAUUGCGGGGAUCAUGCUCACAAGCAGUGCGCCAGAAACGCUAAUUCGCUUAGCUCCGAUCAAGACAAGGNAUCCUCAGACCUGGCUAUGUCAUGAUUGUGUACACAAUGGCUUCCCUCUUGUCGACAGGUCGACCAUCAAUGAUGGCUCUCAACGUCGAUCGUCUGUUCCCAAGUUAGCCCGUGACCUCUUGCCUGCUGCUCGCGGCGGCAUCAAACCAAACUCGCAUUCAGUCUUUAACAAUCUCAUACUCGACGAUGAUCCGAUGGAUGGUUCUCGCUCUCUUAGGAAACGUAAGAAUUCUUCCGUCGAGCUCGACGAGCCACCGCCAAGGGCGACGUCACGUAAAAGGAGACGAUCAACCGCAUCUGGCAGUCAAACCAACAUCAAUGUCACGCCAAGAGAUGCAACCAAGGAGCAGGCGACAACAAGGCAAAGUAGUGGUUCAGCCGAAAGUGAAAAGUCUUCCAACACGCGCUUAACUCGACUUCGGAAGCAGCCUCAGUCAAGCACAAACGCAAGGAUCAUUUCUGCCGAAUUACUCGACGACAACCCUAAAAGUCUUGUUAUCGCCAUCCCUAUUAGCGCCGCCGCCCUCGAAGGUAUCGAGCGCAACGCGCAAAGAAAGGCUCGAAGACGCGAACGAGACAGGGCGCGACGAGCACUAAUGGGCAGUCGCAGANAGAAGAGUGGCGCGCAUGGCGAUGUAUCCGAAGCGAUUGAAACUACUUCUUCACACUACCCUGCCGUCGCCACAACUCUCUACGACAAUCCUUACUACCCCUUUCCUGACCGAGAACUGGACACUGUGCAAGGCAAACCUUUUGGUGGCAUCCUCACCGACGCCGAAGCCGACACAACCAAGACAUUUCCUCAGCAACCUGACCGUGAUCUCUUUGAAGAGUCGCGCCGCCAAGCCGAAGAAGCAAGAAAGGCCGAACAAGAAGCCAACCCUAUUGAAUUACCAUCCAGAUCAAAGUCAUCCGGCGGAUUACCUACUAAGAUUAAGUACAUCCACUUUGGUGGCUGGGAGAUCGAAACACUGCAUGCCGCGCCUUAUCCCGAGGAAUACAAUCGCAACCCGAUCCUAUGUAUCUGCGAGUUUUGUCUCAAAUACAUGAGCUCGUCUUAUGUCGCAUUCAGACACAAACUCAAAUGCCCACACAAACAUCCUCCCGGCGACGAGAUCUACCGCGACGACAUCAUUGAUGCUGACGGCAACAAGAAAAGCAUCUCCUUUNUCGAAGUUGAUGGUCGCCGCAGUCCUCUUUACUGUCAGAACCUUUGUCUUUUGGCCAAGUUGUUUCUUGGUUCAAAGACUCUGUAUUACGAUGUUGAGCCCUUCCUUUUCUAUGUCAUGACGGAGAAUGACGAAUAUGGUUGCCACUUUGUUGGCUAUUUUUCAAAGGAGAAGAGGGACUGGACGCCACCUCGUGAUCCUCGCGCUUCUAUCGAGAUUGGUUCUGAUCCGCUAACAAAUGGUCUCCAAGCCAAGGCAGGUGCCAAUGCUAAUGACCCACCAGGCAACAAUGUCUCUUGUAUUCUGGUGUUCCCAGUUCAUCAGCGUCACGGGUUUGGUCGCACUCUGAUCGAGUUCUCCUACUUAUUGACUCGUGUCGAGGGUAGAACAGGCUCUCCCGAAAAGCCACUGUCUGAUUUGGGUCUUGUUUCCUACCGCUCGUACUGGCGUGGUGUCAUGUGCAGACUACUGCUCGGCUACAAAGAGGCACCGAGAGGCUCGUACGAUAUUUCUUUCUCGAGCAUGGCUCGUACUACAGGCAUGACUGUUGACGAUGUCAUCUCGUCACUGGAAGCGCUUCGUGCUAUUGUCAAGGACCCUGUCACCAACAAAUAUGCCCUUCGUUGCGACUGGGCAUACAUGGCAGAAUAUCUCGACAAGCACGACAAGAAACGUCACAUCAAGAUCGAUCCCGCAAAACUCAUCUGGACACCGUAUGUGAUGGGUAAGCCUACAAGCUAUUUCCCAGUUGGUGAGGNNGAAGCCAACGGCCCCAUUCAAACCAAGGCUCGUCGCGAUGAGCCCGAAGAUCUGGAGGCCGCACAACCUGAAGAAGGCGUACAGCAAGCUCAAGUCAAUGGGACUUCGACACCCGAUCCAGAAGCGCUGAAUGGCGACAACAUAUCGCCCAAAGCUAAUCGCAAGGCUCCUCCAUCGACUUUGACACCUCAGCCCUCCUUCACCCAAGGCUCCCCUCCUCGUCGCUCGCCUCGCAAAUCACAGUCUCAACCACAACCCGAGCAGGCCAACGGCGCAACACAGGAUGAACUUGCCUCGCAGAACGAUACUUCAGACACCUCAUCAGUCAGACGUGGAUCCGCGUACACAGAGGAUAGCAUCCCCGCCUCGCGAUUCGAGAUUUUCCCACCCAUCCCUGGUCAGCCCACAAAGCGCAGACCCGGUCGCCCCAUGGGCAGCCGCACUCGCUCGAAGCUUACUCCAUCGGCUAUCAGACAUGCAGACAGCAUGGAAGAAAGUACUCCUCACCCAACAACCACGCCUCGCGGUCGUCCUACAAACGCCGCCCGCCGUGCCCGCAGCAAACUCGACGAGAUGGAAGUAGCGCCCUCAGCCGACGAAGACGAGAUCCAACGCCAAAUCUCCUCUGAACACGAGCGCGCACUCGAAGAUGUAGUCGACACCAACAACGGCGCAGCAUUCACGCGUCCAAAAUUCAUAGGCAAACUCGAGGUGCCCGAACAUGCUGUGGAAGACGACGAAGAAGACGAAGAUGCUGAAGGCGAGGAUGUGGAGAUGGGAGAGGUUGGUGUGGGCAAUGGCUACGGUGGCGUAGGAGGUGUUGAUGCUUUGCCCAAGGAAGAUGAAUAUGUCCCUGAUCAAGAUGGGGAUGAAGAUGAAGAUGUUGAUGCUGAGGGUGAUAGCGAUGAUGAGAUGCUGGACGCUUAGUUCUGGUCCUGAAGCAUCUUCGCGCAUAUCUCCUCCUUCCGAGCCAACGAGUGA